AGACCUGUCAUGACGUCGUGAACCGUCAUCGACGUGAAGUUAUUUACUGUUUACCAAAAUAAUUUUUCGUCUCCGUUGCAGCGAUGAGUAACGAAAAUAGUUGUUAAACUGCUGUGAGCGUGCUACGAAUCUACUAAACGCGUCCAUAGAAGAUAUAAUUGAGGAAAUAGUAUCAAGUGCGAAUACAAUGAAGUACGCUACGUCACCUACUCCAUCUCGCAGCAACAGCUCGCUGCUGGGGAUGUCUUCCAGAACUACAUCACCAUUACCUGCACCGGCUAACUAUAGAGAUUGCAUGAGUGCCACCACGAAAAGCUACAAAUAUUUACGGCGUUUUGUCAAAUUCGAUCAAAUGGACUUCGAGUAUGCAAUGUGGCAGAUGGUAUACCUAUUCAUAGCUCCGAAGAAGGUGUAUCGUAACUUCAACUAUCGUAAACAAACCAAAUCGCAAUUCGCACGUGAUGAUCCAGCAUUUCUGGUGUUGCUUGUAGGAUGUCUUUGUGUUACAUCAAUUGGCUUUGCGUGGGUUUUAAGCUUAGGAUUCGCUCAAACCAUUCUGUUCACGCUGUACGUCGUGUUUGUCGACUGCAUAUUUUGUGGUAUGAUCGUGGCCACCUUACUGUGGCUGAUUACGAACCGAUAUUUUCGCGAUCGAAACAGCGAUUUCGAUAUGGAGUGGGGCUACGCGUUCGAUGUGCACUUGAAUGCAUUUUUCCCACCACUAAUAUUGCUUCAUUUCAUACAGCUGUUUUUCUACCAUCCUUUGAUAAGCAGGGAUCUGUUUAUUUCAACCUUUAUCGGCAAUACAAUCUGGCUACUGGCGCUGGGAUACUACAUCUAUAUUACUUUCCUGGGAUAUAACGUUGUUCCAUCUCUAAAAAAUACGCGAAUAAUUCUCGUAACACUACCGCUGCUGUGUUUGUUCUAUAUAAUGACACUAAUUAUAGGAUGGAACUUAAGUGUUUCGUUGAUGUACUAUUAUCACUAUCGAGUGUUAUAAACAAUAAAGUAAACAUUUACAGGACGUUGAGUAACAGAAUACUAUUCGAUGCAA